AUGAUCAGAGAGAGAGAUUUCAUUAUGGAUAAUAAUUACGAAAUAAUAAUCUCCGUCUUGGUGCUCGAGACUAGUGUUGGGAUAUUUCUAAAUGGUUUUAUCUGGUUUGUCAAUUUCAUGGAUUUUAUGAAAAAUACAAAUAUAAGCAGCAACAAUAAGAUACUCCUUGCACUGAGUGUUGCCAACAUGGUCAAUGUUAUCUGUUCGAUUAGCGGAAUAUUUCUACAUGGUUCUAACUCAGUUUACUAUUACUUUAUUUUUAGUUAUGUGUUAAUGUUCAGUUUUGCAUCUUCUUCCUGGCUGACCGCCUGUCUGUGUUUCCUCUAUUUUAUUAAGAUAAUAAACUUCAGGGUGGGAUUUCUGGCUCAGAUUAAAUUGCAGAUAGAUGUUAAGGUGCCCUGGCUGAUCGUGGUGGUAGAAGUCGUGUCUUUUUGUACCAGUUUCCUUUUCCUGUUAGCCUUUAAUGAUGAUGAAGAUCAAGAAUUAUUCAACAACACAUCGAAUAUCCUUUCAGCCAACCCAACAUCUGGAAGAAUUAUAUCUGUUUCAAAGUACUUAAUCAUUAUAUUUGUUAAUAACUGUACACCAUUCCUCAUUAUAACUAUCACUACAUUCUGUACCAUUGGGUUCCUCAGGCUGCAUGUUCGAUCUAUGAAGAAGUCCGAUGGUAACACCAACCUGGAAUCUCAUCAAACAGCUGCAAAGACAAUGAGGAGAUUUCUAUUGUUUUAUUUGAUAUUUUAUUUGGAAAUAUUUAUCUAUACGUUUGGAAAUACUACCCACAAUGCUCUUUGGUAUCAUAUACAUAUUGUCCUAGUGUUUAUAUUUACCCCUGUUCAAUCUGGUCUUCUCAUUCUUACCAACGUCAGGCUGAAGGAGGUUUGGCACCGGUUAUACCUGUUAUUAAUAUCACCUACAAAACUACUGGACAUAUUAAUGGUUUGUAAAUAUGACACUAAUAAGUAA